AUGUCGGUGGAGUCGUUUGAGACUACGGCGUCGGGGUGGCAGCGACGAGAACCCUUCACCGUCACCGUGACCAAGCGCGAUGAGGACACCCUUGGCAUCGCCUUUGCUUGCCUUCCUGGCAACCAAGGCAUCUUUAUUCGUGACGUGCGGCCGGGCAGCGCAGCGGAUCGGAGCGGGCUGCUGGCGAUUGGCGAUGUGAUUACGGCGGUCAACUCGCUCCCGCUGACACAGCCAACACGCGCACAAGUCGAGCAGGUCUUCGCCACCUCUGGCAACGUGCUGGAGCUCACCAUCGCCGGCUUUGUGUCCCCUGAAGCCAUGGACUCCUAUCUGGAGUCACAAGGCAUGGCCGCGAGCGACCAGUCAUCCGGCAGCAUGGUUGGCUUUUGCGUCUCCCUUCUCAAGGCCGUGCUUGCCUUGCCCGUCCUGUUCAGCAUCUUCCUGCUCUCGGUCUUCGAGGGCUUCUCGCGUGUUGUUCUCUGGAACACGCGCAAGCUCCUCGACUCCAACCUCUCCGAUCAACGCGCCGACCCAGACAACUUUCUCUUUGACAUCAUGAUGGCCAUCUGGUAUGGGUUUGUGUUUCCUUCGAGCGACUACGGCUUUGCGAGGCGUGUUCGGUCUCACCCGGAGGAGGAGAUUGCGGCUUUGACACAGGAGAGCUUGCCUGGUGGGAUGACGGAGAAUCUAGCGGCACCGUCGCCGCAGAGCACGCAGGUCACGUCGGUCAGCCCUGCGUCGGGCUGGAGGAGCGAUGCCGACAGCCGUUAA